GCGCUGCUGGUUGACCGCGUCCCCGCAGCAUUGUGCAGCUUUCCUUUGUCUUUGGAAAAAGAACGCUGUGGGAGGAUCAUUUUGCCCAUCAAGACUCAGGAGGAUGAAAGUCAUCACGUGUGAAAUAGCCUGGCACAACAAGGAGCCCGUGUACAGCCUGGACUUCCAGCCUGCCACCUCCGGGAGGAUCCACAGGCUGGCGUCUGCUGGGGUGGACACCGCGGUCAGGAUCUGGAAGGUAGAAAAAGGACCAGAUGGAAAAGCCAUCGUGGAAUUUUUGUCCAAUCUUGUUCGUCACACCAAAGCUGUCAAUGUGGUGCGUUUUUCUCCAGCUGGGGUUCUAGCAUCAGGAGGAGAUGAUGCUGUCAUCCUGUUGUGGAAGGUGAACGAUAACAAAGAGCCAGAACAGAUUGCUUUUCAGGAUGAGGAUGAGGCUCAACUGAAUAAAGAGAACUGGACUGUUGUUAAAACCCUGAGGGGCCACUUAGAAGAUGUAUAUGAUAUUUGCUGGGCAGCUGAUGGGAAUUUAAUGGCUUCUGCCUCUGUGGAUAACACAGCUAUCAUAUGGGAUGUCAGUAAAGGACAAAAGAUUUCAAUUUUUAAUGAACAUAAAAGUUAUGUACAAGGAGUAACCUGGGAUCCUUUGGGUCAGUAUGUUGCUACUCUGAGUUGUGACAGGGUGCUGCGGGUGUAUAGCACACAGAAGAAACGUGUGGCUUUUAAUGUUUCAAAGAUGCUGUCUGGAAUAGGGGCCGAAGGAGAGGCAAGAAGUUACCGGAUGUUUCAUGAUGACAGCAUGAAGUCAUUCUUUCGUAGACUCAGCUUUACUCCUGAUGGGUCUUUGCUCCUUACACCAGCUGGAUGUGUAGAAUCUGGUGAAAAUGUAAUGAAUACAACUUAUGUUUUCUCCAGGAAAAAUCUUAAAAGGCCUAUUGCUCAUCUUCCAUGUCCUGGAAAAGCAACGCUUGCUGUUCGCUGCUGUCCAGUCUACUUUGAAUUAAGGCCAGCAGUGAGAACAGGUAUCAUCAGCACCACACUGAGCCUGGAGCUGAUGAGCCUGCCUUACCGUGUGGUGUUUGCUGUAGCUUCUGAGGACUCUGUGCUGCUCUACGACACUCAGCAGCCUUUCCCUUUUGGCUAUGUGUCUAACAUCCACUACCACACCCUGAGUGAUAUUGCAUGGUCCAGCGAUGGGGCCUUCCUGGCCAUUUCUUCCACAGAUGGUUAUUGUUCAUUUGUGACAUUUGAGAAAGAUGAACUUGGCAUACCAUUGAAGGAGAAGCCAGUUUUGAGAACUCCUGAUACAGCAAAGAAAACUAAGAAUCAGACGCACCAAGGGUCUUCGCCAGGACCCAGACCAGUAGAUGGAACCCCUACCACCAGAACCCAAGAUGCCAGCAGUCCUUGUGCCACUCAGUCACCAGCCACCCAGUCUCCAACUCCAGCAUCUGUCAAGGACACUCCUUUGAUCACUCCUGGUGUCAAAAACUCCUUGCCAGGGCCUUCAGAGGACAAGACCCUGCAGUCCAGUGGUCAAAACAUGAAAACCCAUCCAUCCCGGAGGGUCACUCUGAACACCUUACAAGCCUGGAGCAAGACCACCCCUCGGAGAAUAAACUUAAUACCCUUAAAGACAGAUACUCCACCAAAUUCUGUACCAACCAGCAUAGUUUCUGCCUCUUCCACAGAAGAAAUUGAAUCAGAGAUGCCUGAAGAUCCCCAGGGCAAUCCUCCAGAACUAAAACGGCCCAGAUUUGAGGAAAACAAAGGAGGCACCCAAAGCCUGGACCCCUGAUGGGACUUUGACUUGUACCUGAGGCCUGCCAGC